UUCAAAGGAGAUUGUCUGAUUCUCUCUCUUUUGUCAUUUGGGAUUUACUUCAGGAACAAACGUACUGUGAUUGAUGUUGGAUUAAAGAAGACCAAAUCAGACCAAACCUGACUCUGUUCUAACAGGCAGAUUUUGUUGUUUGAGUUAGUUUUAAGUAUCUGGUGAAGUUCAGUGAGAUUUCUUGGCCUUUGGCUAGUUUCAAUGUGAGCAUAAGGCUCUCUACCAGAGUAUGGCUUCAUGUCUGCAUUAUCUGUGUUGCUGUGGCUGUUACUGCUGUCUGCCAGAGGAUGAAAAACUUGCAUUGGCUGUCAGCAAAAAAAUUGACCAAGAAAUAAAGCAGCUGAAACAGAGGCAAAUGAGAGAACUCAAGCUCCUAGUUCUAGGCACUGGAGAAAGUGGCAAGAGCACAUUCAUCAAACAGAUGAGAAUCAUCUAUGGGUCUGGAUACUCAGAGGAAGACAGGAAAGCCUUUGCAAAGUUGGUCUUUCAGAACAUUAUUACUGCGGUACAGUCCAUUGUCAGAGCUAUGGACACGUUGAAUAUACAGUAUCAGCUGCCGGAGAAUAAGGAAAAUGCUGAUAAAAUAAAGGAACUAGAAGCCUAUAAAGUCACGACUCUUGAAAGGCACCAUGCAGAUGCAAUUAAAAGGUUAUGGAAAGAUCCAGGAGUGAGAAUGUGUUAUGAACGACGACGAGAGUACCAGUUGCUUGACUCUACAAAUUAUUACCUGACUGACAUCGAUCGUAUUGCAGCCAGUGAUUACAUACCAACAGAUCAAGAUGUCUUGAGAGUUCGAGUACCAACAACAGGCAUCAAUGAGUAUUCAUUUAACAUGCAUCAUGUAUCCUUAAGAUUUGUGGAUGUUGGAGGACAGAGGUCUGAGAGGACGAAAUGGAUUCACUGCUUUGACAAUGUCAUAUCGGUUAUAUUCCUGGCCUCACUCAGUGAAUACAAUCAAGUCCUAGAAGAGAGGGACCAUGUGAAUCGAAUGCAGGAAAGCCUGGGUCUCUUUCGUUUUAUUUUGAAAUCCAGCUAUUUUGUCAAUUCAUCUAUCAUUCUGUUCUUGAAUAAAAAGGAUAUUUUGGAAGAGAAGGUUAUGAAGUCACAUUUAGUGGACUAUUUUCAUGAAUUUGAUGGACCUAAAAGGAAUGCUGAAGCUGCCAUGAAAUUUAUCCAAAAAAUGUAUCUGCGCCAAGUUGAAGAUGGAAGAAGAAUCUACCCGCAUUUCACCUGUGCCACAGAUACAGAUAACAUCCGUAGGGUGUACAUGGAUGUUAGGGACACAGUUUUGUUUGGAAUCUUACGAGACCUGGAUAUAUUAUAGAAAGAGAAGGUAAAAGUGGUAACUUUAACCUUCCCAAUGCAGCAUGGCUAAGAACAUAAAACUCCUUAGAAGCCAUAUCAACACUCCAAUUAAUGAUACAUAUUUCUUCAUCUCUCAGCUGUUGCAACAUAGAUUUGAAAGGCACUUAUUUCCAAAAUGAAACCUUCUUGGAACUAUUGUGAUCAUAUUACUCUUGAUACUCACACAAUUCAGGAAAGUUUAAACUGAAGGUCAACCAGGGAAGGAUGGUCAAAUGAUGAAGAAAUUGUAACAAAGCUUCAUAAAUUUUCCAAGGCUUUGGUCAAUGAUUUUGACAAUCCAUAAUUUUCCUUUAAAAUCCAGAUUGCUUACUGUACUCAGAAAUGGACAUUUGUAUUAGAUACUGAGUGAUCUCAAGAUUAGAGGUAAACUGGCUGUAAUGUCAAGUGUGUCCAUGAUCCUAGCACAUUCAGUGUUGGGGGAGGAUCAUGUGCCAGGAGGAGAGAACUUCACUCACUCUUUGCAAAUCAACUCCACUGAAUACUGAAUUGACACUACUCUCUUCAGCCCUGAGAUGAUGUACAGCUCAUCCCAAAGAUGCAGUUUACCCCUCUUGCUCUCUAACGCAGAACUUGUUGUUUAUCCUGGCAUUUGCCAACUCUGCUUGGACACACAUGCUGCUGAUUUCAUUACAUGAUGCUGAAUGCUGUUUCCACACGAACUGGAAAUUAUACAAACUAUCUGUUACCUGAUUGAGAAUCAUAUGCGUACAGUUAUAGUGACCUAGGCCUCCAGUGUUGUAGAAAUAAUAAGUUUUUGAAGAAAUCAAGAAGCAAACGCCAUUAUUUUUAGCAGCCCCACAAUCUUCAUUCCAUGUUGCCCGCUGCAAUCUCCUGGAGACGAGAUUCGCCAACUUUAGGUACAUUUAAGUCGUCAUUGGAUAAGCAUAUGGAUGUACAUGGAUGGAAUAGUGUAGUUUAGAUGGGCUUGAGAUUGGUAUGACAGGUCGGCACAACAUCGAGGGCCGAAGGGCCUGUACUGUGCUGUAAUGUUCUAUGUUCUUUAAUUCCCAGAAAAUCCAGGACAAUUCCAGUGACCUUAUGUCAUACAUUUAAAAUCCCAACUAGGGAGUAAGGUCAACACCUUCUUUUGGGAAAAGCAAAAAUAACAGGCAAUACAAUUUUAAUGGGUAUAAAGUGAAUAGUGAGGUGACAUAUAGUUAGAGUUUCAACAUGUGGUUGACUCUCAACUGCCCUCUGGGCAAAUUAGGGAUGCGCAAUAAAUAUUCAUCUGGCUAUUGCUGUCCACAGCCCAUGAAUGAAUAGAACAAAUUUGUCAACAUUGAUUCUAGACCAGAGAGGUAUCUCAUGGCCAGUUGGAAAUCUCUAGCUGGCCUUGUUCUCCCUACUUCUGGCUGAGUGCCAGCACAAACGUGAGUUUGAGACUGUAGAAAAUAGUACAAAAUAUUUUACUCUUACUUUAUCAUCAAAUUUUUGCCCCUGCCUCCUAUUCCUACAAGUGUUGACUUCUUCUCAAGCUCAGAUUCCCGCUCGUUCUCGAGCUGCCUAGUCCAAUUUGUCAAACCUUGACAAUCAGUGUUUGCAGGCUAAUUGACAGGAGCAACAUCACAAGCCAGUCAGAUCUCCUUGUUAUUUGAUUCACUAUGUAGUUGCACUCUCAGUGAGAAAUUGAGCAAGCAGGAAAUGGUAACAGUUUUCAUCACCUUAGCACACGGCAAUGAAAAUUAGAUGGUUAUUAUAUCAGGACAGUCAAAAACUGCAACGUCAGUUUGAGGCGUGGUUGAAAACAUCCUACUCACCAACAUUUUGAUAGUCCUGUUUGAUUGUAGUGACGGGAGAACAAUUUCAAUUCAAUAACAAAAUUGAUCUAACUCCACUAAACUAAAACGAAGAACUGUCCAUGCUAGAAAUCUGAAACAAAAAAAGAAAUUGCUGAACAAACUCAGCUGCUUUGGCAGCAUCUGUGGAGAGAAAGCAACAUUAAUCUUUGGUCCAGCGACCCUUUAGGAUUCCUUCUCUCCACAGAUGCUGACAGAUCUGCCAAGUUUCUUCAGCUAUUUCUAUUUAUGACCUAGUUUUACAAAUGAUGGUAAAAUAUAAAUGCAAAUUAUUCCUAUUUUUAACUCAUAGAUAAAUAAGAUAAAGGAAAUUAACAAAGUGAUUUUUACUAUAAUAAUGAAAAAUAUAGAUGCUAGUCUCUCUCUCCAUCGUGGAUCACCUGUUGGGUCAUUCCUCCAGGUUAGUAAGCUAACAAAAACAUAACUGAGUCCCUGAACCUUUUAUUUUCAAUUUUAGAACUUCUAUAACAGAUUAUGGAAGUUUCAGUCCUGUAGAUAAAGUAUUUGUAGUGAUACAUAGUCUGCAUAAACUGGGAUUUGGGAAUAGCCAGUUGGUGGUUGACCAGAACAUCUUGUUGUGAGGACUGAUCCCCUAAUCACAUCUGUACCAUCAAGAAUUUUAAGCUGCCUCAGUACACUGUACAAAUAUCAUAGUUUGGUAAGUAAUA